GUCCACUCACUCAGUCCCUCUUUCAUUCUCACGCCUUCUUUACCACUACCCUAAUUCUAUUCUUCUUUUCAAAGCCUGCAGCGCAGCACACACACAUUAAUUCUUCUUCUUUUUCCCAAGACCCUAAACAAAAAAAGGAAUAAAAAUGGCCCCCCUCAAAUCCCUCCUCCUAACCGCCUCCCUAGCCACCCUGGCCAUCUCCACCCCACUAGCAUCAGACCCUGGAUCCCUCUACGCCCGCCAAUUCGGCACGGGCUCUACAGCCAACGAACUCGAGCAGGGAAGCUGCAAGGAUGUGACGUUGAUCUUUGCGAGAGGAUCGACUGAGUUGGGGAAUAUGGGCACCGUAAUCGGCCCUCCCCUCUGCGACAGCCUUAAAUCCAAACUCGGAUCCGAUAAAGUCGCCUGCCAGGGUGUCGGCGGCCAAUACAGCGCCGGACUGGUGCAGAAUGCGCUACCCCAGAACACUGAUCCGGGGAGUAUCUCUGCCGCGAAGCAGAUGUUCGAGGAGGCGAAUUCGAAGUGUCCUAAUACGAAGAUUGUGGCGGGUGGUUAUAGUCAAGGAAGCGCCGUAAUCGACAACGCAGUCCAAGAACUCAGCACGACAGUGAGAGACCAAGUGAAGGGUGUAGUGCUCUUCGGGUUCACGAGAAACGUGCAAGACCAUGGACAGAUCCCGAACUAUCCCAAGGAUGAUGUCAAGGUUUAUUGUGCCGUCGGUGAUUUGGUCUGUGAUGAUACGUUGAUUGUUACCGCUAUGCAUUUGACGUAUGGGUUGGAUGCGGGUGAUGCGGCGAGCUUUUUGGCUGAGAAGGUUCAGUCGUCGACGAGUACUAGUACUACUACUAGUUCUAGCUCGAGCUCGGAUGCCGCGAGUAGUUCGUCGGCGGCGGGUGGGUUGGCGUCGUUUUUUGGAGGGCUCUGAGUGGGUGAUUUAAU